GUGGGAGGAGUUAAACGUUAGGAGGAGCUCUUCGGUCCCGUGAGAGACUAGCAUCGUCCACCAUGGCGGCACGGGGGAAGCUGAUCGCUGUGAUCGGAGACGAGGACACUGUUACCGGUUUCCUGCUGGGUGGCAUCGGGGAGCUCAACAAGAACCGCCGUCCGAAUUUCCUGGUGGUGGAGAAGGACACGACCAUCAACGAAAUCGAGGACACCUUUCGGCAGUUUCUACAACGAGAAGACAUUGGUAUCAUCCUCAUCAACCAAUAUAUCGCAGAGAUGAUACGGCAUAUAUUGGAUUCCUACACACACUCAGUGCCGGCCAUUUUGGAGAUCCCUUCCAAGGAACAUCCCUAUGAUGCAGCCAAGGACUACAUCAUACGGCGUGCCCGAACCAUGUUCACUGCCGAAGAACACUAAGGAACACUCCACAUCACCCUUCCCUGAACAUGUCAUAUUCCACUACUGAAAUGAAAGGGGAAGGGCUCACAGUACUUGCUAUUUAUUGGGCCCUGAAGUAAAGCCUCAGAAUGAAGACUGGAAAACAUAAAGCCCACUUCCUCAAAUGUGUCCCUCUCCUUCCAUUCUCUGGAAUGAUUUUGUGCUGUUUUUGUCUAUGUUGAUACUAAAUUAAAGUUCAUUUC